AUGUCAAUUUCAAAUUCUAAUUCUUCAGAAAAAUAAGAGAACAUAAGAUCAAAUGAAUAUUUAUCUGCAUAUUUAUACAAAAAGAAUUAAAAUACAUAAAAAGAUUGCAAAGGUAAAAAUAAUUAACUAAAUAAAAAUACUAUAUUGUAAGAAUAAACACAAAACUAAUUCUAAAGCAAAUAAGAAAAUUAAAUAGUCACAGAAAUUUAAGCUUAAGAAAAUGUUGCAAAUUAAUUUUAUCUUCCAAAAAGAAGAUAUAAAAGAUCUUCCUCUUAAGAAAGGAAAUCUAAAACAUAGCCUAAACUGAAUGAAAUUGAAGAAACUUAACAAUAAACUCUAAAAAAAGUUCGUAAACAUUCUCAGCGUAAAAUAUAACGUUCAUUAUGUGUUAAGAUAUAAAUUAUUUAAUACAAUAACAAUGUACAAACAAUUGAAAAUUAUGUAUCUCCAGAAAUAGCCGCGCAAUAAUUAUAGAAUAAAAUAAAAUAAUAGAAAAAUGAAUAAAUACCUAUUCAAUAAAUUUAAUCAAAUAUAUUCUAAUUACAAAGCAGAGAAAUUAUAAAUAGAACCUCUAAAAAUUAAGUAAUAAUUUCAGAAAUUGAUAGAGAAAACUAAAAUAAGUUUUUUAAUCAGAAAAAAUUAACAAACUUUGAAAUAAAAAUGGGCUUUGAUAAUGAUCAAAAAUUGAAAGAAAAACAAAAUAUUUUAUCGGAUACAUAUGAAAUAUUGAAAUAGAAUCCUAUAAAAUCCAAUAAAAAACGACAUUCAAUUUUAGAAGAUUGUCUUUAAUUGUGUAUAUUAUUAUUACCAAAUAUAAGAGAAAAUAAAGAGUAAAUAAGUUCAUUUUAAUUUUAUCAAAAAAUAAAACUGUAAUAUAAUUUAAAUAGAACUCAUUAGGCUUUUUUAAGAAGGUAUAAAUUAACAAAUAAAUAGAUUUUAUCAUUUAUUAUUAUUUUCAAGUUGUUGGACAAUAUAAAAUAUCUAGAAGAUGCAUGAUAUAAUAAAGAAUUUAGAGCUGAAUUAAUUAGAAGCACUCCAUAUAAAUUAUAGUAUAUUAAAAAAGAGAAUUGAAUUUCCUUCAAUAAAUUUACAGAAAAAAUCACCUUAAAAACCAAAGGUUGUUGAGGAAAUAAUAACUAAUUCAUAAAAGAAAAAGAUUGUAUUAUCAUGUAUUUUAUUGAUUAAUAAAUUAGUAACAACAAAAACAUUAUGUUAAUAUGUAAAUAUUUCAGCUAAAGAGAUAGACGAGGAUAUUUAAGAGUUUGAUGAUGAGUUGUAAUUUAUUGAUAUGAUUCUACAAUUAAUACCUCUCGCUUUAUGA